AUGAAAAAGGAAUUUCUUGACUCAACAAGAUCAUCGCCAUUUCCAGAUGAAGUACUGGAACGAGUUCUUUCUCUCUUGAAAUCACACAAGGAUCGUAGCGCAGUUUCUUUAGUGUGCAAGGAUUGGUACAACGCGGAGAGCUGGUCAAGAACUAAUGUUUUUAUAGGAAACUGCUAUUCAGUCUCUCCUGAAAUUGUUGCACGUAGAUUUCCAAGAAUUAAGGGUGUUACUCUUAAAGGGAAGCCAAGAUUUUCUGAUUUUAAUCUGGUGCCUGAAAAUUGGGGAGCUGAUGUUCAUCCUUGGCUUGUAGUUUUUGCAACAAAGUAUCCGUUUUUGGAAGAGUUAAGGCUUAAGAGAAUGGCUGUUAGUGAUGAAAGUUUAGAGUUUUUGGCUGUUAACUUUCCUAAUUUUAAGGUUCUUUCUCUUUUGAGUUGUGAUGGGUUUAGCACUGAUGGGCUUGCUGCUAUUGCCACUCAUUGCAAGAGUUUGACUCAGCUUGACAUACAAGAGAAUGGCAUCGAUGACAAGAGUGGUAGCUGGUUAAGCUGCUUCCCUGAAAACUUCUCAUCAUUGGAAGUGCUAAACUUUGCCAACCUGAAUACUGAUAUCAAUUUUGAUGCACUUGAGAGACUUGUAAAUAGGUGCAAGUCACUCAAGGUUCUGAAGGUCAACAAAAGUAUUUCCUUGGAACACCUACAAAGGCUGCUAGUUGUUGCUCCACAAUUAACAGAGCUUGGUACUGGUUCAUUCACACCAGAGCUUACAGCUCGCCAAUAUGCUGAGCUUGAAAGUGCAUUUAACCAGUGCAAGAAUUUAAAUACCCUCUCUGGUUUAUGGGAGGCAACAGCACUAUAUUUACCAGUUCUCUACCCUGCCUGUUCAAACUUGACGUUCUUAAACUUGAGCUAUGCUUUUCUGCAAAGUCUUGAACUUGCUAGUCUUCUUCGUCAGUGUCCACAUCUUCGACGCCUCUGGGUCCUGGACACCGUGGGGGACAAAGGGCUGGAGGCUGUUGGAUCCAACUGUCCAUUGCUUGAGGAGCUCCGUGUCUUCCCCGCUGAUCCCUUUGAUGAGGAAAUUAUCCAUGGGGUGACUGAAGCAGGGUUUGUUGCUGUGUCUUAUGGAUGUCGGAGACUCCACUAUGUUCUCUACUUUUGCCGGCAGAUGACUAAUGCUGCAGUAGCAACCAUUGUUCAGAACUGCCCUGAUUUCACCCACUUUCGUCUUUGCAUAAUGAAUCCAGGCCAACCGGAUUACUUGACAAAUGAACCUAUGGACGAGGCUUUUGGGGCAGUGGUGAGGACUUGCACUAAACUACAGAGGCUUUCUGUUUCAGGUCGCUUGACUGACCUGACAUUUGAGUAUAUUGGGCAGUAUGCCAAAAAUCUGGAAACUCUGUCUGUGGCUUUUGCUGGCAGGAGUGAUAGGGGGAUGCAAUGUGUGCUGGAAGGUUGUCCAAAGUUGAGGAAACUCGAGAUAAGGGACUGCCCAUUUGGAAAUGCAGCUCUUCUUUCAGGUUUGGAGAAGUAUGAGUCAAUGAGAUCACUUUGGAUGUCAGCCUGCAAUGUAACAAUGAAUGGCUGUCAGUCAUUGGCAAGGCAGAUGCCCAGAUUGAAUGUGGAAGUAAUGAAAGAGGAUGGAAGUGAUGACUUUCAGGCUGAUAAAGUUUAUGUUUACCGUUCUGUUGCGGGGCCAAGAAGAGAUGCCCCACCUUGUGUACUCACUCUCUCAGGUUUAUAG